UUUGAGCGACAUUCAUCCAACAUGUCUUAUUAUAGCUUAGUUAAUACUUUAAGCAAAUAAACUAGCUGGUUAAGUUAUCCACUGGGUGAAACAGUAUAUACAUGUGCGUAGAGACCACUCGAACGCCUAGAAAGUUCCGAUUCAAACGCACAAUUCACCAGAUCUGCAUUAGAAUGAUCACCAACUAUUGAGUUUCGUUGAUCAACUCUCUGCAUUUACUUCCGGUAUGUACUUCCAAAAAAUGUCUAAAUAAAAAUGUACAAGCAACCAAAAAACAUCCAGUGUGAUAGGAUUGAGCUGUUGUAUUCUUCCGAUCUGAUCGUUGCAGUAAUUUUUUUGGAAGUACAUACCGGGAGUAAAUGAAGAUACUUGCUCAGCGAAACUCCAUAUUUGGUGAUCAACAAAUUUACAUUAUUAACGCUUACAGUGGGGAAUCGGCGCAUUCUGGAUGUUAGCAUACAGAUACUGGUGCACACACUGGUUGAAUCAACUUAAUUGGUCAACGUGUUGUGACAUGGAAUCAAGGUGAAAAAUUCAUUGGAUUUGAAAAAAGUCAUUAACCAGUACGGUUUUCAUCUAAUUUUAACAAGCGUUGUAAACAUUGAAAUUAGGGUUGAACUCAAAUACAUUGACUUACAGGUAAAAGUGUUGUUAAUAUCAUUAAUUUGGCAUCUUAUUUAUAGGGCUAAUGUAAUGGUACCCCAUUCAUAGACGCCAACUGCUUUAGCUCUAUUGAUGAUAGUAUCUUCUUUAUGGGAGCUUUUUGAAAGCUAACACGCAUCGCUUGCCGUACUCUUUUGUAAACAUAAGGACCAUAUUUCAUAACAGCGAGAAAUUAUUUUCUAAAAACAAAAGGUUAAAUUGAUACACACAUUGUUAGGGUUAAUGUUCCCACACAGCCAUAUCCAUGUUUCAGCGCUUGUUUACUGAAGACAAGAGGUGCUAGUUAGCUGUCUAGCAUGCUCUGAACACCUGUGUGGAAGCGUAACUCGGGAAGUGUAGUUGGAUGGAGGCAGCCAUAGCUGUUUGGAUCUGUAACUGCUACAGUGUAGUUUUGUCGGAUGGAAGCUCCCAUAGCAGUAUAGAUCUGUGCUACAUUUUUGAUGACGAAGAUGAAAAUAAAUUGACUUAUACAGAAAUCCAUCAGCAGUACAAGCAUUUGGUGGAGAAGUUGUUAGAAACCUACAUGCAAGAGGUUGGCAUCGAUGAGCAGCAGUUUUUGGAGGCAUGCUCCUCUCCUUUUGCCAAGUCCAAAACCUUACAGACUGUAUUCCAGCCCGUCCUGGCCACAGACGACUUCCAGAUGUUCAGGUCUCUCAUGGUGCAGAAGAACAUGGAGCUCCAGCUCCAGGCGCUGCAGGUCAUUAAAGAGAGAAAUGGCGCCCUGCCUGAGUGUCUCACAGAUGGAGCAGACGUGAUGAGUGAACUGGAGCAGCAGGAGAUGAAGAUUAUACAGGAGGUUCUGAAGAAGUCAAAGGAGGAUUAUGACCUAGAGAUGGCUCGGCGACUGCAGUCAGAGGAGAUCGGCUCCACGUUCAGAAGCUGCUCUGAUAGGCCAGUUCUAGAGGCAGUCAGCAUCCAGAGGCCCACCUCCAUUCAACAGACCAACAAGCCCAAGGCUGAGGCGAAGGUGUGGGACAGUGGUAGCCACCAGCCCUCUGUCCCUCUGGUCAAUGGAAACGCAACGGUGAACAGUACAUCUCCUCAGAGAGGGGAGCUGAAGGCUGCUGGAGGUAGUGGGCAGAUGAGUCCAGCCAAUACCAGCACAUCUCCCCCUUCUAAGUUGGCAUCAGAACCACGAGUCCUUCCUGCUGUGAGGGUUCCAGUGAAGGGCAUAGAGCUUCCGGCUGUCUCCAGGGAGAAGGGCAGCAGCCAGGCAGUAGAGGGCUGGAUAGAAGAGGCACGCAAGGAGGCUGGCAUCUCCAAGCCAUUCACAGAGUUGUCAGCAGAGCAGCAGGUGCAACUCCAGCAGAGGGCGCUGUACCUGAGGCAGCAGAGGGACAAACUUCAGGCCAUGAAAAGAGAGCAGAGACCCAAACCAGCCACACCAGAGGAACCCCCUGCCCCCACUCCCAGCACACCGGAGAUCUCUGUCGAAGAUAAAAAGAAGUUACAGAAAAGACAACAUCUGGCUGAAAAACUGAAAGAGGAAGUCAUCAAGAAGUAAACGCAACUGCAAUAUACACCCCCCUCAGAGUUUAAUUGUAGUCAAAAUGGUCCGGGACUGUGCUUGAGAAGGGGCAAAAUGAAAGGUAUUCAAAUGGAUCUUUAUAUAGAAUCAGUGGUGCAUUAAUAUUAACUAUGUAAGAUCAUGUAUGCCGUUUAAUAAAUCCUAUUAUUUUAUACAC